AUGUCUCCCGAUCGAACAUCUGUGCACUCGCCGUGGGAGACAGCUCUACAGACAAAGCACAACGCAUCAGGUAUUGACCCGACACCGGAGAAGAGCGCUCCGCCAGUGAUUAUUGCUAGCAAACCUAAGAAGAAUGUGGCAAGGGGCAUCGCGCAAAGCAGCUCUUCGGCGUCGACCAGGAAACGAAUGAUCUCGUUCUCUCCAGAGCGUGCGCCGCGUCCGGAGAAUAGAGCGCUGGCAUUGAAGAAACUGGAGAAGAAUCUGAAGACGAACGAGAAAUUGCAGCAACGACUUGAAGCGCCUACACCUGUGAAGACGCCAGCUCCGUCCCGGAUGUCUUCUCCUGCAGUCGCAACGCAGUCGCGACGGCCGAUUAACUUUACGAGUCCGCAAGCGCGUCGGCCCAUGACGUUCACGAGUCCUCAAGCUCGACGAGCAAUGCCGUUUACUAACACUGCUGUGGCCUUCACCAGUCCGCCUCCUCGAAAGCCGAUUCUUCAAAGCCCAUAUACCGCCGCGUCGUGCUCCCUUCCACUGAGCCAGACGGAGGAAUUAGUGUACGAUCCGACCCAAGGAGACCAGGAAGUGUCGGCAGAAGUCGUGGAUGUGGAUACUGAGGCUAUCUCUGCAUGCAGUGUUGUGGUCGAGGACGAUUCCAUUGUGGAAGAUAAAGACGGCGCUGAUCACAGUGCAGACGAUAACGGAUCAGUCAUUCAAUCGCAGAAUGAGUUGCGUCUCUCUCAGGAAUCGGCGAGUGUUGCUCACAGCCACGUCGACAGGCUCGCUCCGUUGUCUCAAGAAAGUUGCAACAGCACUGUAUCGCGACCUGAAGCAGAUAGCGUUCCUAAUGCACCUCAGACGGACGCCACAUCAAGUGCGUUUACGAGUACUUCAGUGAUUGGAGACGUUGGUCUGUUUAAUUGCGACACGGAUGUCGAGUACACUGGAGGCGUGUACGGCGAAGGUACGGACGGCAAAGUGACUGCGGCUGUGAUCAACGGCCAAAAGGUGGCUCUCAAGCGUGCGAAGCCACACGAAGGAUUUCCCGAGCACGAAGCGAAGCAUCGCGCCGCCCUCGAGUUGCAUUACUUACGCCGCGUGCGUCAUAUGAAGGGGUUCCUGCAAUGUCUUGGCCUGUGCGAUGCUAUUGAACACACGUGCAUUGCACUGGAGGUGAUGGAUUGCAAGCUAAGCGACUAUUUAAGACGAUAUGGGGUGAACUCGGGUGGAUCGAAACACCGGCGCUACACUCUGUCUUUUGGCGACACGAAGGCAAUGUUGAAGCAGAUCUGCUUGCCUAUGAUCACGCUUCACGAAGAUAUUAACGUCGCUCACGGCGACCUGGCUUGUCGGAACAUUCUGAUGCGUACGCCACCAGAGGGCUACGAGCAAAGCUGGGAGCCUGACAUCAAACUUUCUGACUUCGGUCGCAUCAAGCUCCCGGCAGAUGAGCCAAAGAUCCUGGACAGCUCGUUCAGUUUCCACAAGAACUGCGACGUCGGUGCCUUCGGACGAGAGAUCCUGUACCGCCUACUUGUCGGAGAGAUUGUACCGAAAGAGUACGUGGAGACGCGCAGCUUGCACAAGCUGUUGCAGGACGUGACUGUGACUCAAGUGCCCGAUGCUGCGAAGGCUCGGCUAGGUCCGUACUACAAUCUCUUCAUGCGCUGUACGGCAUGGGGCGUGCGUCCUACAUUCCGUGAGAUCUACGAGCAUCUAGACGAGCUGGAUUACUUCGAGACCACCGAGAAUGGACUCUUUCCACUUAAACCAACGGGCAACACGGACGCGACCUUCAUGUCCCCCGUGGCCGAAGGAUCUCGUCACAAGACGCCGGUGUCCAGUGCCUCGAGAGCGCACAAGCGUGAUACCCCGUCCAACCGUCCUUCCGGGCCGAAGUCGCGGUUGUUCGCUUCGAAGAGUUUCACUGAAGCGAGCGUUCCUGGUCCGAACAAACCUGUGAAUUGGCUCAAGACUCGCUCCGUAGGCGUUCAGCGAACAGCCGCCCAGCAAGCACUGACGCCGACCGCACACCCCAUGCUUAUCAAGAAGAAGAGGAAGACGCCGCCAUCCGCAGGAGCAGGUGCAGGCGCGUCGCGGCGUUCGCUCCAGAUUCUGAACCAGAUUCAGCAUAGAACUAUCGAAAAAGGCCGCAAAUCUACCUGA